AUUCAUUUCCUGAGAACUGCCUGAGCUGAGCAGCUGAGAGGCAGAAGGGGAGGGAGCUGCUCACUCACACACUCUCACACACACAUUGUCACACACACACGUACAUACACGCAGAGUGAGAGGAGAGAAGAGGAGAGGGAGAGGAGGAUAGGAGACAGAGAGGAUUGUAGAAAAGGAAAACAGUCUCCACGGCUCUGCAGCUUCUGACAAGGCAGCCUAAGAAACAGGAUGUUAAUGCUUGACGGAAUGCCUGCAGUGCGAGUCAAAUCUGAGCCCCUGGACUCGGAACAAGGGUCACCUAAAGUGCGCCCUUACUCUGUGAUGGACGGCGUCCCCUUCUUCCUCAGCAGAGUUAAACCCGAACCUCCAGAAGACCUGCUCGCUCACGACCUGCACUUCCACACACAGACCGAGCCUGUCGACCUGUCAAUCAACAAACCCCGCCCCUCCUCUCUAUCCACCACCCCUAGCACCACCUCAUCAUCUUCCCCUCUCAGAUACGCGUUCUCCCCGUCUUCUUUAUCGUCGUCAUCCUCCUCCUCCUCCUCGUCUCCAUCGGUGAUCACCUCAGCCUCGUCGCUGCUCACGCCGGGCCCUCUGGUCGCCCCCGGCAGCGGGGUCAGAGGUCAGCCGUAUUUGCACAUCCUGCACUCUGUGCCGCCGCCUCCAUCCAGCCCUCUGAGCCUGCAGGGAGCAGGGAAGCUGGUCAGCCAUGUUCACCGCAUCCCUGUUGUGGUGCAGUCGCUGCCCCUCAUGUACACCACUGCCAUUCGAUCGCCCUCCAGACUCAACAACGCCAUCAUGCUACCUCUGCUGGAGGAGGUGAAGAGACAGGGCAAAGCAUACACAGACCACAACGGCCUGUCGCCAAGGCAGAUCAAGAGUGACAGUGACGACGACGACCUGCCAAACGUGACCUUGGACAGUGUUAAUGAGACCGGCUCCACUGCGCUGUCUAUAGCCCGCGCUGUACAAGAUUCCAUGUCCCCGUUCAGUAUUGAAAGCAUACGACGCCCCCGGAGGUCAGAGUCACCAGAUUCCAAAAAGAGAAGAAUUCACAGAUGUGACUUUGAGGGCUGCAAUAAGGUGUACACUAAAAGCUCCCACUUAAAAGCACACCGGAGGACGCAUACAGGGGAAAAGCCAUACAAAUGCACCUGGGACGGCUGCACGUGGAAGUUUGCCCGCUCUGAUGAGUUGACGAGGCAUUACAGAAAACACACAGGGGUGAAGCCCUUUAAGUGCGCAGACUGUGACCGCAGCUUCUCCAGAUCCGACCACUUGGCCCUGCACCGGCGGAGACACAUGCUGGUGUGAAUCAGACGGAGCGAGAUAAAGAGGAAUGGAAAGAGAGAGAAAAGAGAUCAAUGGGACAGGCACACACAAACAGGCAGCCGGGGGAGCGGGAUCUCCCUAUGAAUGUUUUACAGCUGGCCUGGACGCACACAUGUACACAUACAUACGCACACACACACACACACUCUCUCAUCCGUCAUGAGGAAAGAAGAAGAAGAAGAAGAAGAAGCACAGAGCUUGUGGAGCACAACACAGGGUCACUUCUGGAUCCUCUCCGGGUUGGAAGGAAAAGACGGCAGAUCUGUUAUUGUUGUUCUUUGGAGUAUAAUAGGGAACUGUCUUUUACAGCACUGUUUGUAAAUGUCUCACUUUGAUUUUUAAAGAAGAACUCGCACUCUUUAUUUGGACGAAAACAAUAUACAAUGCAAUUGCGGCGGUCUCUUUUUCGUAUCUUUCCUUUCAUUAUUCUUCAAACAGCUGCUUUUCCAGCAUUCAUAAUGUGAAAGACCCCAUUGUUUGGAGUGGAUUUCCUGUGCGAGCAGAAAGGAGUUAGGCCUGGACCGGAUCACAGGAAAGGACUUGGGCCUAGUUGGAGUUACAGGCAGUAUUGUUGCACCGUGCCUCCCUGUGAGUCAGAUUUGUGACCAGCAGAGGGUGUCCUUUCAUCACGGAUGGUUUUUUCUUCGCUUGCUGGAGCUGUUUUAUCUGAGGCUUUCUAUAUGGAAGCUAAAAGAGGGCUGGACUUUCACCUGUCUCAUUGCCAGCUAACAGUAAAUGACUUCAAAAGCCACAAUCUGAAUGGAUCAACCUCAUCAACACGUCUACUUUCAUAGAUUUGAAUUACUUAAUUCGAAACAGUAAUAACUGGACACUCAUGUCAUCACACCAGCAAAGAAACACACCGUUUAUGACCCGCUCACAGGGCCGGACCACCCCAAAUCUCAUCAGUGCUACUCUUUCUGUUGAGCCUCUUGAAAGCAUUUCUUAAAAAAAAAAUCUUUGGUGGAAUUUGUGCUGUGAUUAGCAAUCAGUAAAGUGCAAUCUUUAAGGAUAAAUAUACUUUUAGUAUGACAACUUUUUGUUUAUUGAAUCUUACUUCUUUGUUUUGUUAUGCCUGCUUAUUGCUUAUGUUUGACUCAGAAUAAUACAACCCCUCAUGUACAGUGAACUUGAAACAAUCAGAGGAGAUUUCCAGUACAGUAUGUGAAAAAAAAACAGAGGCACCUUACAGACUCACGCUUUCAUUCUGUCCCGAUUGAUCUUGUUUUUUUAUUAUUCAGCUCUGUUUUCUCAGCUGGGUUUGACAGUGAAAGGAACUUGCGUUGUGGUUUUGCACAGCGGCACUUGACCAUAAGCUGAAACUGACACAGGAGCAGUGUUACAGGGAUAGUGUGCUACCUGAUCUACAAUACAGUUGAGCAAUACAUUACUGAACAAAGUGAUGAGAAGGAACGCCAAUGUCCUCUUUGUUCUUUUUGUUGAUGUCAAUAUCGGAGGAGAAGUUUCUAACUGGGCCAACUCUUCUCUCUGUACCACGACUCCCUCUGUUUGAUUGGCCCCCUAGCUCCAGCACAAGGCUCUAAUCUGACGUGUCUACGUUAGUGAGUUACUCCCAAUCAUUUUGUUUGUCUCGAAUACAGAAAAUCACUUGAAAUGUUCUCACCUCAGACCAGAUAUAUGUUAUCUGAUUCACCUGAGAUUUGGCUAUAACAAAUGCUGAAAAAUGGGGGGAAUUCACAUGCAUAUACAUACUUUAAAAACAUAAAUACAAUAUGCUUGUAAAGCACUUCUACAUUUUAGAUGCGGUUACUGGCAGUACUAUCUUCUCUCUUCGAGCACAUCACUUAACUUUAAUCAGGACAUUAAAUUAAAGAGUUUUUUUAUAGUCAUAAUAACAGAUAUUUCUGCAAGUAUUUCCAAUUCUCUUAAUGCUGUGUACGACCUGCAGACAUAAACUCAAAGCAUCAGGCCAUCCCAUAAUAUUUGAUAGUGCUGCUAAAUGCAUUCAUUGGACCGAAGCCAGUAAAAAAAGAAAUGGCAACCCUUCUGAUAAUAGCACCUUGAAAACACACACACUCACACACAUUUAAACACACACUUUGCAUUGAGCAUCCUCACCUUCAGUGAAGUAGCCAAAUCCAGGAAGUCAUUUCCACACAUGCACCCAAUGUAUGUGACCCCGUCUGAUGUAACGAAGAAUGGUAAUGUAAGUUAUCAUUAUUUAUAUAUAUUAUUUGCGCACAUGUCAUUAUGCCCAGUUGUAUUAUCAUUUUGGCAAAAAAGCAUAUCAGCACCUUGUUUGUUUAAUAGUAUGAUUUUCAAAUUAUUUUAUUUCAGAUGUCAAUUUAUAAACAAAUAGUCAUCAUCAUAUUUUAUCCUCCAUAUAAUGUAUAAGAAACAUUUUAUUGUCGAGGGGCACUUCAUCUUUGCAUAUAACUCUUUUUCUUCUGUAAAAAGGAUAUUUUGAAAUGUUGUAAUAUAUGUGAUAGUGAAGAUAACACUUAUUACAAAGUUCUACAGCCUGUAUAUACAUUGGAAAAAUAGGGCUUUUGAUUAGUAGAUGCAGGAGAUACAUUUAUACAUGUAAAGUCUUUUUUUCAGAGACUGUAAUUUAUCUAAUUUGAUAUACAGUGAAAUGGGGCUUAUUGUAUCCAUCGUGUAAAUGAUCAUAUGUGAUGUUAUAGAACAGUUUGCUUUCUUUGGUUUGUGGUUUAAUAAGUUCAUGAUCAAAUCAUUUUUAUUCCCAAGGCUGAACCAGUGUUUGCUUUUAACAACAAAUUAUUUAUAUACAUUGACCGUAAUAAGGUACUCGAUUCCCUAUGUUGCUAUUUUGCUAUACCCGGACAAGAAAUUCUAUGAUCAAGCACAUAUCAACACGUCUCGUAUUCAGUGUAUGACGAUGCAUGCCUUAAAACACCAGUUUUUUCUCGAUUAAAUUAGACUUGAACAUGGUGUCUCCACAGGACAGGGUGUGUUAUAUUUCCCUUCAGCAUCUCUUUCCUCAUUUUAAAGCAUAAUUUUGUAACGGUUACCAGGGUCAAAGUUAUGCAAUAAUAAUGAAUAGUGCCUCAUAUUGCAAACUUGUAAUAUCAAACGCUCUGGGCAGAGUUUGGAUUUUAACAUGCGUGCUCAAAUUAAUUACUAUCUAAUGGGAAACCAUACAUUUUUAAAACAAAAAGCACAGACAACAUUAUGCAAGUCGGACCUUUAACGUUUAUUUUUCGCACUGAGCCUUAUGCCAUUGUGUCAAAUGCAGCAUCUUCCCAUAACACUUUCACAGGCUGUUUAUAGCUCACGUUAUUACUUUGCUUGCAAUAAGUCACUUCCUCUAAGGGGGAAAACGGAGUUACAAAGGCCUCUAUGUUUCAUCCCAUGAAUUCAUCAUGGAGGAUAAUGAGGAGUCUUGUGGCUGGAUGAGGGCUGUAAAGCAACGCCUUUGUUAAUGAAUACUGAUCUUACACGUCUCUAUCAGUUCAAUAUCUAUUUUACUUUCUGUGUAACAUCUGCUUUUGAUUUAUUGGUUUUAAAAAUGUAAGUAGUGAAGCCAAUGCCUAUGUUUCAAGUUUGCUGAUAUUACGUACAGUAAUCGUUGUUCCUGUAUUUAUGUAAAGUGAGUGUAGUGUAAAUAUAUUCAGAUCUUUUCAUUCUUACCGUGAAAAAAAAAAAAAUUGUGAUAUUGCUCAGCAUCAGCUUAAAAAGGGAGAUUCUGCUCAUGGAAUUCCACAAAUGUAAAAGAAAUUUUUAAUCCUGAUAUUUUUCAAAAAUUCAAGAACAGGUGUCCUUUUUUUUCUGUUACGAUUUUCUUUUCUCCAAGAGUUGUUUAAGUAUCCAGUCAGUGUUUUGCCUUUUUCUCUGUAUUUUUCAUAUGGAUGGAGCUGUGAAAUUAAAAUAAGUUCAAACAUAUACAUGUAUAUUAAUAUGAAUGGAGGCAUGAAGGUUAAUAAAGUUGCAUUUUGUAU